CGCGGGACGGAAGGGAGGAAGAAGGCGAUGGGAAUGUGGGAAGGAGGAGAAAAUGGCAGGAAGAAUAAGAUGGCAAGUAGGAGGAGGAGGAGAAGAUGGCAGGAGGAGGAACUUCAAGAUGGUAAGGAGCUGGAGUAGUGGGAGAACAUGGCAAGGAGCAAGAGAAGGCAUGGAGGAACCGGAGGAACGCGGGGGGAACGUGGGGGGGAAGGAACAGGGGAAGGCGAGGGGUGGGGGAUUCGGGGAAGAAGAACCUCAGGGGGAAGAAGGGGGGGUCGAACGAGGGACGGAAAGGAGGGAGAAGGUGUGGACGCGGAUGGGAUGGAACGCGGGACGGAAGGGAGGGAGAAGGCGCGGGGAAUGUGCGAAGGAGGAGAAGAUGGCAGGAAGAAGAAGAUGGCAAGUAGGAGAAGGAAAGAGGAGGGAGGAGUGGUUUUUGGACCUGCGUCAAUGUUGUACACGCGGAGGCGAGAAGCAGAACCCUCUACCGAAGCUCAGUGCAACUGGUGAUAAGACCACCAAUGUCUGUUUGUUUCCAAAGCGUCCGCGAUCGAUCACGACAACGAGAACGGUUGUUGCGCCAUGCCGAGCAGCAAACACAGGGAUGGGUCUCUGCGCAACUGGCAAAACGGGGAAUACAAUCCAAAUAGAGCGCCCAGGGAAGCGCCAGUGCCCGAACGCUGAAGGCGAACAAUCCAGAGAGAGAGACGAUGUACAGGACAUGAGCGAAAACUUUGUUGUGAAAGAAACGCUCUAUGAUAGCGUGGCGCAAGAACUGCAUGACAACGACACUGAGGAAGAGGAACCUAGUGACGACGAUGAUGAGGAGGGCGAAUCGAGCGACGACGAUGAUGAGGAGAAGGAAACGAGCGAGGAUGCGGAUUCAGAAGACACAGACUCUGAGGAUGAGAAAGGGAAGAACGAGUCGGGAAUUGAUGUCGACAUAUUCAAGAAGAGUCUAUUUGGAGAUCUUUUAGGAGAAGCGAAGCAGACAAUAGCACAGGAGGUGAGAAGAGGACUGUACAGCAAAUCAAGCACGAGAGAGAAACCUCCUUACAAAUUGGGAAAGCGCGACAAGAAUGUACGUGUGUACAACAAGAAAGCUAACUACCACGUGAACAUGAAGAAUGUCGAACAAGUUUUGAAGGAAGAUUGCUGCAAGGCCAACUGUUACAAGAAGUUCACGGUCGUCGAUGUUUUGUACAAGCUCGAAGAAUUUUGGGCGAUGAAAGAACCUGAGCAACUCAACUUCUUUCUCGCAGAGACGAGGGUUGCGUCGUACUUUUCGGAUGAGGGAGAUUUAGAGGUGUUAAGAGUGACGUUCAACGACGUAAAGGUUUGCACAAAAGUGUGGAGAAAGCUGUACGGAUGCUCGACUACACGUGUUGCAAAGAUACGCAAAGAAUUCAGAGAAGGAAUGGUGUUGUACGAGCCUGCAAACAAAGGAUCAGUCGGAUUAUCUGCUUCAUCACAGCAAAUUCUCACCUGGUUGCAUGAAUAUAUCCGAUACAAUACUGAGAGUAUGCCAAAUAGCGACCAGUUUCAUUUUUCAGAUACUCUCCGGCGCAGAGACGUGUACGACUUCUUCAAGCGAGACUGCAAAGAGCUCUACACGAAUAAGACUCUUCCUUCUCGUUCAAGAUUUAUGACCAUUUGGAGGGUUCAAUGCCCGAAAGUUCUUAUUCCUGCAUUGAAGAGGUUCUCGGUCUGUUCCACAUGUCUGAAAUUCAAGACAGACCGUUCACAGGCAACAAGUGCCUUCGAACGAGAAAUGUUUGGCAAGGCACUAGCGAAGCACCGGUUAAUGCAAGCAGAAGAGAGACAAAAACUAAGUGAGCAUCGCCAUAAGGCUUCAAAUCAUUCAUCAGAGUAUGUCGUAAGGAUCAUUGAUGGGAUGGAUCAGAGCAAUACUAUACUGCCACACUUCACUAGGGUUCCAAAGGAUUCGAAACUAAAAGAAGGGAACUUUGUGAAAGUUCACGUGGUUGGGGCUAAGGUGUUAGGACUCUUAUCGAACGCCUCUGCAACUGUUUUCUUUGACAACUUCAAAUCAAAUUCUAAUUGCAUGCUAACUGUUCUUCAUCGUCAACUUCUUGUACCAUUUCCGAGAGUCCUGUAUCUUACACUUUAUAACACUUCAAAAGAGAACAAGAACAAAUUUGUGUUGUCAUAUCGCGUGUUCUUUGUGAAAAUGAGAGUGUUUAGUAAAGUUAAGUUAAACUUUCGUCUUGUAGGUCACACGCACGAGGAUAUCGACCAGAUGUUCAGUUGUUUCUCGAGAAAGCUGGCUGCACAUGGUGCGUUCGAUCUUCCUGAGUUGCAAUACGUGAUUAGGGAGUCGUACAAGGUAGAACAAGAUCAUGGCGUGCACGUUGAAGAGAUGACGGAAACAAUGGACUGAAAGUUGUACGUUCAGGAUCAUCUACAUAAUGUCAAUGAUAUUAGCUUCAACCAACAUUUUCGAAUCAAGCGCAACGAUAACG